CGUGAGCGAAUGUUAGACGUGCUUGGAGCGAGAGCGAAAUACGUGAGUGAAAUAGGCGUGGGCGUGCAAGGAGAGAUUCCGGACGAGAGCGAGGAGUGCGAGAGCGUGGUUGCGGCAGGACCCCGAGAGGACGAGAUCGAACGAGGAGGAGCUGUCGUACCUUCGGACUUCCGAGAAGAGAGCAUCGUGCCGAAGCCUUAUCGGAGGAGCGAGAAAGCAACCGGGAAAACAACCAUCAAAACAGCUUUGAAGACGAGGGGCGACUUUCGGGAGGACAUGAGAUGGAAGGGAAUUAUCAACAGCCGAAUUUGGAAGCGUGAGAUGAGGAGCGUGAGAGGACGAGGGAAUUCUUGCGCCUGGACGCAAGACCGUGCGGAGACGUGCCCCAAACGAGCUCCAUCGCCGCGAGGCGCGGCGGGAGGACAAGAGAUCGUUGAGAGUCACCAAUGCGUUCCUCGAUCCCGAGAUCCAGGCGGGACACGUCGAGGCCCUCUCAGAAGGGCCCUGCGAAAAUUAUUGAUCGCGAUCUCGGGGGUACACGCUCCUGGUACGAUCAUGAGCGUGCCGCACGGCGGCUGCCUCGCGUGUUAUAUCAUGCGAUUGGUCGUGAUAACACGCACCCCGGAAUUUUGGUGUUUAUUGCGUCAUCCUUAGCGUAAUUGCCAUUGCGACACGGCCAUGUCGGCAAGCGAUCCCAACAUCAAAACGUCCUGAAUAUUGGUUUCGCGGAUUCAAUUAGUAUUGCGCGUUUUAUACCGCAUGUAUCGUCUCUCUGGAGAUCGCGGAUCGAUAAUACGAUGUAAUAUAGUAGUCGCGAAAUUUCUCACCGUCUAGCGUCUAAGUGCGGUAUGCGUGAGUAGUCUUUCGCCGAGUGUGAGUGUGUCUCGCGAUUAUGUAUUUCUUUUGUUAGCCUUCGAGUGUGAGUGUGUUUCGUGUGGAUAUAUUUCUAUUAUUUUUUUCGUCGAAUUAUAUGCGUUGAAAUGGAUGAGCGAUAGAGUGAUUUCGCGGUUGGUACGGAAUAUCGUACAAAGCGUUGCGAGCAAUAUAUGCGCGGUGCAUGCUUAGGGGUGCACUGGAUGCAUGUGGUUGACGUACGACAUGUUAAGAUAGCGAGCGAUAUAUUAUCGAUCCACGAGGGGUCGAUAAUAUAUCGAUAACUUCGGUAUAAUUUUGUCCGGGCAUAGGCCCGAUCCUGAUUUAACAGCGUCUUAUUUUCCGCAGCGCUUUUAAGCUGUCUCUAACAUCCAGUCUCGCUUCCGCGAAUUUAUCGACGCCAAAUAAUUCACCGCUUUCUUUAUGAUUUAUCCAUCCGGAUCCAAUUCUUUCACCGUAAUAAAUUUGUUAUUUUCUUGUUA